AUGGCGAAUCCCCACCAAAGUCUUAAUAGGAACAAUGCACCAUUAGAAGAGAUCGGGACAAUAGUAGAAUGUUUAAUCGGAUGUGGCCCCACCUCUUCUAAAAGAAAGACACAUGCUAGAAGGGCCAGAUACGAAAAAGUAUUCGUAAUAAAGAGGCCACCAAAGCAAACAAAGAACCGGAAGGCCAUCUCCAUAUCCUUUGGUGAUGAAGAUUGCAAUGGGGUCCAAUACCCCCAUGAAGUCACACUAGUAGUAACAUUACGGGUGGCCAACUACACUACCUUGAGAAUUCUAGUUGAUAAUGGAAGCUCGACUGAUGUCCUUAAUUGGGAUGCCUUUACAAAAUUGGGAUUUGACCCAAGCCAACUGCGCCCUUCACCCACAUUGCUAAAAGGAUUAUCAAGGGACGCAAUCCCACAUGUGGGCACGAUAACACUACCUAUGUUUAUAGGGAAAGGGCCCUACACAACCACUACCAUGAUCGACUCUAUGGUGAUUAAGGCCCCCUCAUCUUACAAUGCCAUUCUUGGGCACCCAACUCUGAAUCACUUGAAGGCUAUAACCUCCACCUACCACCAAAAGAUAAAGUUCCUGAUAGAGGAAGGAGUAGGACAAGUGCACGGUGAGCAAUUAUAG